AUGAUGUCACUUCAAUAUCUAACCGUUGAUAACAAUAAUGAUCUUUCUUCACUUGAUGCUCUUAAUGGAUAUCAAAGAUUACGAGGAUUGAGUGCUUCCAAUUGUGCGAUUGAUCAUCUUCCAACGAAUUUAUCUACUCUGACGACAAUCGAUAUGAGCCAAAACAAAUUAACGUCACUUGACGGUCUCGAUACAUUGCUUUGGUUUGAUUGUACAUCAUUGGUAUUCCGUAACAAUAGUAUCACAACCAUCCCAACAACAAUGAGAGUAGUUCGAAACAUUAAUACUAUCGAUCUGUCGAAUAAUUUACUUACUGAAUUACCUAUAUGGUUGUUCAAUGCUAAUCUGAAAGUGGUUAAUGUGCUCAGAAACAGUUUCAAUGAAAAAGAAGUGGAAUGGAUUCGAGGAUUAUAUCGAUCUAGCAACACAACUGUCUACGUUUGAUAUAUUGUGUGUUAAGGAAAAUAUUUUAAUGAAAUAAAAUGACUAUUAAAGACUCUUUGCCAUGAUAAGAUUAUCAUUGUUAUUUAUUCUAUAUAUAAUAGUAAGGGCAAACACUUAAAAUAAUGAAAAAGUAUAUUACUAGUAAUUUAAAAUUACACCUCAUGUAGAUAUGAUUUAAUUAAAAAUCAUUUUAUUCAUAUACUACUUCAUCAAUUAUAUUAAAACUGAGUACUUCCACACAGCUCCUCAUAGAGUUAUAUCGACUUGAUUAUUUGCAAAUUCUGUACUAUUACGACACCAAUCUGGUGGGCCAGCUUUUCCUAUGUAACGUUGAAAAUAAUUGAUGUGAUCUAUUAUUUGCUCGUUCAAACGGUUGGACCACUUAUAUUUAUGAUCCGUUUUGGCAUUGAAACAUAUCUUCACAUAAGAAAGAGAUGACAAAUUUUGCCGUGAUUACCAGUAAAAAUAGAAUUGAUUAGAAGAAACGCUGAGAAUCAUCUUCUUUCUAUAAAAAUCUAUCAAAUGAUUUCUCUAUCGAUUGUGAAAAGUAAUCUGCGUAUUCGCUGGCUAAAGUCUUUUUUUUCAGUGUAUUGAUUUUAGUUAGUCUUGUUGACAAGGUUUUUUAAUUUUAUAUCUAUGCAUUAUCGAGUAAGUUUCGACACCGUCGUGUGCACAAAAUUAACUUCGAUUUUCAUACUUUCCAAUCUUUACAAGAUAUACUUCUAUAAAACUAAAAUAUAUUUCACGACAAAGAUUAAAUAAUAAUCUCUAGAAAUAUCUUCGUAUUGUCUAUUGUUUACUUUAUUCCAGCUCAAUUCUUUUGUCAUAAACACCCACAUCCGAAUUUGUCGAUUUUAUUAUAUUUUUAUGAGUAAAGAACUUUUACAAGGAUAGUAUCGUUAGAUUAGAUAUCAAUGGUUCAUAUUAAUGGACCGAAUUGUAAAGCUUCGAGUUUGAGAAGGUGAUAUUCAGUGUAUAGUAUAUUUUUCUCGUGUUUGUGCAAAGAAUCUCUUGAAGAACGUUUUAGCCAUGAAUGUUUCACUAAAUUCUCUCUUAUAACUGCUUGAUGGUAGUACAAACAGAAGAAAUCCAAGUAGUUGAGGUGCAUAGGAAAGUAGAUAUGCAGCAAGAAGAGUAUGCCGUUGCCAGUCAUGCAAUUGUUUACAAGC